UUAUAUAUAAAGGUACACCAUAAAACUGUAAACUCAAACAAUUAUAUGACUGAAUAAAGACCUCUGAAAGUUGUAGCAUUUUAAUAAAUCUAAAAAAUUUAAAUAUUGUUCAUAGAAUUAUUUGUAUAGAAUGAUAAACAUAUAUUUUAGUUGUAUCAAAAUACUAAUAUUUCUCAUAUCUAGUUCAUCCGCCAAAUCACCAUCAAAUUUAUUUAAUAAUUAUGAACGUUGUAAAUUGAGCGAUCAAGCAAUAAAUACGUGUCUUAAAAAUGCCCUUUCCAAAUCUUUUCCAUAUAUGGCUAAAGGCGUCCCUAGCCUUAAUUUAUUCCCUUUUGAUCCCAUUAAAAUAUCAUCAAUAGAAAUAAAACAAGAUAGAAGUAGUUCUGUACAAAUUAAUUUGAAGGUUAAAGACGUAGAAGCCAGAAAUCUACUGUCUUCAACUGAAGUUACACAUUUUAAGACUGACGUAAAAAACUUGACUGCUUCAUUAUCUUUGUUGAUAAAAGAUCCUUUGUUGCUAAAUGGUACUUAUGAAAUUAGUGGAAAAGUACUACUUUUACCAAUUGUGGGAAAUGGUCCAUUUUAUAUGAAAUUGGAAAAUGUUAUUGGAUCAAUCACCUUCCACAUGAAAAAAAUAGAAAAAAAUAAAAAAGUUUAUUUAAAACCUGAAAAUAUUUCAUGGACAUUUACCACAAAAAAACUAAUUAUACGUUUGGAUAAUUUGUUCAAUGGAAAUAAAGCAUUAGGUGAUAACAUGAACGUUUUUUUAAAUGAAAAUUGGCCAGAAAUAUUGAAAGACUUUCAACCUGCCUUAGAAAAAGCCCUAGUAUUUAUUGCUUACGAGUACACAAAUCAAUUUUUCGGACGGAUACCAAUGGAACAACUGUUUAUUGAAUAGAUUUAUUUAAUUAAUUCAUUUUUUUUUUUGAUAAUGGGAAUACAAAGAUCAAUUUGUAUUUCACCAGCUAUUAAAAUGUGGUAGUAUGAUUAAAAAUGUAAUAAUUGAUAUUAUAUUAAUAUAAUUAUUUAUUUAAUAUAUUAUAAGCAUUUUUUGUAUUUUAUACUGUAAAUAAAUGUUAUUGAAUUUUAUGUUUUUCAAAUAAUUUUUUAAUAAAAAAUCACCUUAUUAAU